GUCGCCCCAUUAGCGUUCGAUCCUGCGAGUGAGAGCCAUGGAGCCCAAGAGGCUCGCUUUGAUUGGUGCCGCGGCAGUUCCGCUGCUUCUGCUCUGGCGGCGCCGGCGCUUGUGGCGCUUGCUGGACGUGGUUCACGUCCCCGCAAAGUCGGAAACGGGAAAGCCCGCCGUGGUGUUGAUUCCCGGCAUGUGGCAUGGCGCAUGGUUUUUCGAGGCGCUCCAGCAGCUCCUCGCGGACCGCGGAUUCGCAUCUUAUGCCAUCGACCUGCAACCCGGUCGCUGCAUCUUCGCGGCGGAUCACUUGGCCAUGCUGAGUCGAACCUUGGAUCAGCUGGCGCUGAAGCAGGCCGUGUUUCUGGGGCACAGCCAGGGGGGAAUACUCCUCCAGCGCCUCAUGCGUGACUAUGUGCCACAGAACCCAAGCUGCAUGUUGGCAGCCGUUCUGAGUGCCACCGUGCCAAUUAGCUCCGUCGGAGCCGGGACGGCCAUGAUGAAUGAGAAAACCAAUGUGUUCAAAGAGCACGGCUUUGUGGCACUACUGUUCUAUCUCUUCACAGGGCGCAUGUGGGAUUCUUCCCUGGUGCAGCGUAUUUUUCUGCUUCCGACGACCGAGAGCAUCUCAUUGCCAGGAGGCAAAGAGGGCUAUGUGAAACGCCUCCUUGCUGCACCCUGCGACGGCUGGCCGACCACGGAGCAUCCCUUUUGGCUCAGACCCAGCUUCCCGGCCAUGCGGCACAAACCCGUGCUGCUACUUGGGGCCGAAGCAGAUGUCAUCUAUCCUCCAAAGGCCUUGAACCCGUACUUCCGCAAGUACUUUGCGCAAGCAGAGGAGAUGCAGAUCACUGCAGGCAUGCUUCGGCUUUCGGAGAUUGCCAGGAAUUGGUGGUUCCGGGUCAAGCUCAUUGCUUUGUGGAUCCGGGAUGGGAAGAGACAAUGGCAAAGCCCUUGCUUCGCUGGCUCGAGAGCCUCGCACAUUGAUUGAAAGCUGAUUGAAGACUCGGCUGGGCAUCGCUGCUUGCCGUGCUGACAGGAGGGCUUUGAGGUGACUGUCAUGUUUUGGAGCCCUUGAAGAGGAGUAAAGGGCACCCAAGUAAGGGACA